AUGUCUGGAAUAAUUAGUUUUUUGCGAUUUCCUGGACAGUUUGAUUCUGAUUUGCGCCAGCUAGUUGGUUCCUUUCUCGAAAUUUCACUUUCUAAAUCUACUUUUGUUCCAUUUAAUAUUGACAGUACAUAUGGAUAUCAUCUGAGAAUCAAUCGAAUGACCCGACAGCUAUUUGGCGCUCGUAAUUUAAUAACUGCCUGUAACCCAACAGCUGGGCGUUAUAUGAGUGCUGUAGCAGUGUUUCGGUGGAUGUCAGAAGUGCGAGGUUAUCUUUCAAGUGCUCGAAAUGUUCCACACCUUGAACAGGUGCUAAAUAACAUCAAGGUAGACAGCUGCAAAUUGGGCGCUGAUAGGAGCGCUAUCAGCGCUGCCUUCCUCGGUAAUAUUACUGCCAUGAGGGAAGUCCUCUGUACACUGGUAUACAAGCGAGGGGAUAGACGAAUCGCACUUCAUGGAAGCGCAAUUUGA